AUGAAGUUCGUCAACACAUUCACGGGCUACGGGCGCCUGCUCCUGGCGGGCGACCCAUCCAAGGGCGACCUGUGCAUGCUGCUAGCGGCGGUGUUGUGCGCCAUCGCCUCGGGCGUCCCGUUCCCCCUGAUCGGUAUCUUCUUUGGCGAGCUCCUCAACGACUUCAACGAGGUGACGUGCAUGGAGGACGCGACGGAGGGGGGGGCGGUGCCGGACGCGGCGGCGGCGUCGUACCAGAGCAGCGUCAACGACAAGAUCCUCAUGAUCGUGUACCUGGCCAUCGCCCAAUUCGUCACCAUCUACGCCCACCUGACCUGCUGGACGCUGUACGGGACGCGGCUGGCGCAGCGGCUGCGCGAGCGCUACCUGGCGACGCUGCUGCGCCAGGAGCCGUCCUACUUCGACGGCCUGCCGCCGGGCGAGGUGGCCUCGCGCCUGAGCGCCGACAUCCAGACCAUCCGCUCGGGCACGUCCGAGAAGGUGGGCAUCUGCCUGUCGAGCGUGUCCUUCUUCAUCACGGCCUACAUCGUCGCCUUCAUCAAGAACUGGGAGCUCGCCGCCAUGCUCAUCUCGCUCGUGCCCGCCUACUUCCUCAUGUCCCUCGUGGGCAGCCACUACAUCGAGAAGUACUCGGGCCGCGUGGCCGACCACGCCGCCAGGGCCGCCUCCAUCGCGUCCGAGGCGCUGUCCAACGUCGUCGUCGUCCAGGCCUUCGGCGCCCACGCCCGCCUCGAGCGCAAGUUCGCCGAGGCCCUCUCGGCCGCCAGGCGCGAGGGGCUCAAGAAGGCCACCGCCGUCGGCAUCCAGUCCGGCGUGCUCUACUUUAUCGCCUACGGCGCCAACGGCCUCGCCUUCUGGCAGGGUAGCCGGCGCAUCGCCGACGCGGCCGCCGCCGGGGAGGAGAAGAGCGGCGCCACCGUCGGUGCUACCUUUACCGUCAUCUUUAUCCUGAUCGAAGCCACCUUACUCCUGAGCCAGAUUGCUCCGUUUGUCCACCUCUUCAUCGCGGCGGUGGCAUCGUUCCGAAAGCUCGGCGAGGAGAUGGACCGGGAGUCGCAAAUCGACGGGACAGCAUCAUCUGGUGUCCGACUCCUCGAGCCGCAACAAGAACAGCAAACAGCCGGAGACUCCUCCGGGUCCAACAAGUUUGGCUUCGAGCUCGAGGGCGUCUCGUUCACCUACCCGUCCCGGCCCGAGGUCACCGUGCUGGACAAGGUCGACAUCAGCAUCCCGGCGUGCAAGCAUACGGCCAUCGUCGGCCUCUCGGGCAGCGGCAAGUCGACCAUCGCCGGCCUGGUGACGAGGCUCUACGACCCGACCGAGGGCCGGGUCCUGUUUGGCGGGCACGACCUGCGCGAGAUUAACGUGCGGGAGCUGCGCAGCCUCCUCAGCCUGGUGCAGCAGGAGCCGUCGCUCCUGGACCGGUCCCUGCUGGAGAACAUCGCGCACGGGUUGGUCAACUCGGCCAACCCGGCCCACGCCCGCCUCAAGGCGACGCUCCUGGGGCCCGACCUCGCCGACCUGGCGGCCAAGGUCCGGGACGGCGAGGACCUGGAGGCGGCGGCGGAGCGGCUCGGGCCGGAGGUGCAGGAGAUCGUGAGGCUGGUGCGCGAGGCGGCCAAGCUGGCGGACGCCGACGGCUUCAUCACGGGGCUGCAGCACGGGUACGGCACCGUCGUGGGCUCGAGCGGGCGGCUGAUCAGCGGCGGGCAGAAGCAGCGGGUGGCGCUCGCGCGGGCCCUGGUCAAGAACCCGGCCGUGCUCGUGCUGGACGAGGCGACGGCCGCGCUCGACUCGAGGACCGAGGAGCGCAUCCAGCGGGCCAUCAUCAACAACAACAUCUCGGCCGGCCGGACCGUGCUCACCAUCGCCCACCGGCUCUCGACCGUCACGGGCGCCGACAACAUCAUCGUCAUGCACAAGGGCCGCGUCGUCGAGCAAGGGAACCACGCGGCCCUGAUGGCCCUGGGCGGCACGUACGCCGAGAUGGUCAAGCUACAGACGCUUGGCCCUGCCGAGUCUCGUAAGGACGGCGGCGACGCCACAGCCACCGCCACCAGCACCAGCACCACCACCACCACCACUGCUACUACUACUUCUGCAACGACCACAACAGAAGACGCGGAUCAUCAGGUCGAUUCAAAGGAGGAGGAGGAGGAGGAGAAAAAGGCUCCUCUGGCGGCUGCGGAGGAGACGGGAGGAGGUGGUGAUGAUGAUGGAGGGAGGGGCGGUGGCCAGGGCGAGGGCGAGGCGGCGGAGGAACCCGAGACGCCGUCCAAGUCCUUGUGGGCGCUGGCGAAGGGGUACGCACCGGCGGUGCGGCCGCACCUGCUGGUGAUGGCGCUGGCGCUCGUGGGGUCGCUCGUGGUGGGCGGGGCCUUCUCGGGCGAGGCCGUCAUCUUCGGCAACACGGUGGACAGGCUGAACGUGUGCCGGAGCCCGGCCGAUAUCCGGUCGAGCGGCAGCUUCUUCGGGCUCAUGUUCCUGGUGCUGGCCGUCGUCGAGCUCGCGGCCAACGCGGCCAGCUGGACCGGGUUCGGGUGGGUGACGGAGCGGAUCGUCUACUCGGUCCGCGUGCUCUCGUUCCGGUCGCUGUUCGAGCAGGACAUGCAGUGGCACCAGUCGCGCGGCCGCACGCCGGCGGUGCUGCUGUCGUACAUCACGCGCGACGGCAACGCGCUGGCCGGCCUGAGCGGGUCCGUCAUCGGCACGCUCCUGUCCAUCUCGGCCAACCUGGUGGCGGCCGUGGUGAUGACGCACAUCAUCGCCUGGCGCAUCGCCCUGGUCUGCCUCGCCCUGGUGCCGCUGCUGCUCGGCGCCGGCCUGCUGGAGCUGCGCGUGCUCGGCCGGUUCGAGGACCGCCACGAGACGGCCUACUCCCGCUCGGUCGACAUCGGCACCGAGGCGGUCGCGUCCAUCAAGACGGUCGCCGCCCUCGCGCUCGAGGAGGAGACGCUGCGGACCUACCGCCGCUCCCUGCGCGGGCCCCGCCGCGAGACGGUCAAGGUGACGGUCCAGGCGAGCCUGUGCCAGGCCGCGACCUACUUCCUCGGCAACUGCGUCAACGCGCUGGCCUACUGGUGGGGGGCCAAGCAGAUCAUCGGCGGCCACGUCUCCACCGCCCAGUUCCUCAUCGUCGUCUUCUCCCUGCUCGUGAGCGCCCUGCUGUGGAGCCAGAUGUUCGCCCUGGCCCCGGAGCUGUCGAGCGCCCGCGCGGCCAUGGCCCGCAUCCUGGGCCUGAUCGAGAUCGGCUCCGACGGGAUGAAGGGCAACGUGCCUGCGGUUGCCCCUGCAGAGGCAGGGGACAAGAAGAAGGACGAGAAGAAGGAGGAAGACGACGACGACGGCGGCGGCGAAAAGUCGGACCCGUCGACCGAGGAGAAGGCCAUCGACACGCCGGCGUCCCGCCACAGCAGCAGCAGCAGCAUCAUCGGCGGCGGCGGCGGCAGUAGCGGGGGGGCGGCCAGCGUGGAGUUCCGCGACGUCUGGUUCGCGUAUCCGGCGCGGCCGGACGCCCAGGUGCUCAAGGGCUUGAACAUGGACAUCCGGCCGGGCACCUUUUGCGCGCUGGUCGGGCCGAGCGGGGCGGGCAAGUCGACCAUCAUCUCGCUGGUGGAGCGGCUGUACACGCCGUCGGCCGGGGCGGUGCUGAUCGACGGGGUCGACGUGAGCAAGAGCCGGGACACGUCCUUCCGGGACGCGAUCGCGCUGGUGCCGCAGGAGAGCAUGCUCUUUGAGGGCAGCAUCGCCUUCAACCUGGGGCUGGGCGCCCGACCGGGCGGCCGCGAGGCGACGCGCGAGGAGAUGGUGGAGGCGUGCAAGCUGGCCAACAUCCACGACGUCAUCGAGGCGCUGCCGGAGGGGUACGACACGCCGUGCGGGCCCAACGGGGCGCGCUUCUCGGGCGGGCAGAAGCAGCGCCUGUCGAUCGCCCGGGCGCUCGUGCGCAAGCCCCGGCUGCUGAUCCUCGACGAGCCGACCAGCGCCCUGGACGCCGAGUCGGAGCGGCUGCUGCAGGACGGGCUCGAGAAGGCGGCGCGGGGGAUCACCGUCAUCGCCAUCGCCCACCGCCUGCGCACCAUCCGCAAGGCCGACCGCAUCUUUUGGAUCGAGGACGGCCGCUGCGUCGACUCGGGCACCCACGAGGAGCUCAUGCGCAAGUCGGCCGCCUACCGCACCAACGUGAUGCACCAGACGGUGGCCGAGUAA